AUGGCGCCCAAUUUGACCUGUGUGUGGAUUGUACUGCUGCAAUUGGUGGGCCUGGCUCUGUCGGAUGUCUCCCAUUUGGAUUACUCGAUUACGCCCAGUUCCCAGCUGGCCUACUACCAUUAUCCCGCCCCCAGCCGACAGGGAGUUCAGCGGACCCAGAGAACCCAGUAUCAGCAGACCCAGCAGUAUCCCCAAGUGGCCCGUCAGUUCGCCGAGCCCGCUUUGGAGCAGGCUGCCUUCACCCAGGCCCUGACCAGCCAGGGCUACGUAUUUGGAGCACCCUCGGCUUCAGCUCCAGCUGCUCUUCAGGUGGCUCCACCGGCACCACUGCCCCAGCAACUGGUAACCAGACCUUCAGGAUCUGCGACAGGUCGCUCCAUAGGCUCCUCCUCCUCCUCAGCGGCCGUGGAUGCCAACUCCCUGAAUCUCAAGCUGCCCGUGCCCUUUGGCUUUACGCCCCUGAAUGUAGCCCAACUGCCACUGCAGGCCGGAGCCCCCUAUGCCAGUGUGCCCCGUACCACAGGGCUCACUUCCUACGGAACACCGCAGAUCCAGAGGCGCUAAACUAAUCCCCAGAAUUUAGGAUAUUAAUAAAUUUAAACGAGCCAGAGCCAUCCCGACUGAUCAUCAAACUGCGAUGACUUCUGCUCUUAGUGAAUACACAUUGAUAAUAAUAAACUUGCCAUCUAAGCUUAGUCUUUUCGGUCGAGUCUUGAGUUUUUAUUGGCCAUUUUUUUGUAUUUGUCUCAUUGCCAUCGAUGGAGACUGCAUUUGCAUA